UAAAUGGGACUCAUCGCACAUUGUUGGGGCUAUAAUCAAAAUGAGAACCGUGUUGCUGCUUUUUCUUGGCUUGGCCAGAUGCUGGGCCAUGAAUUACGAACUGCUGAUCGAGGACCCAGACAUACUUUCGCCGUGCACCGACGGUCCGCCUGGAUCCAUCAACGCCCGUCAGGCAGCCAACUUCGAAGAUCUUGUGAUCGAACAUGAAACUGAUGUACUCCACGUCUCCGGCAACAUCACCAUGAUAUGGGAUGUACAGCCCACCGAUCGCAUUGCAGCUAGGCUCGAUGUUUUCCACCAAAACCGCGGCACCUGGGAGCCCACUGUCUUUAGCAUGGCCACCCAGGACUUUUGCUCCAUCAUGUACGACAAGAACCAGUACUGGUACAAGUACUGGACGGGCUUCAUUAUCAAUCGCCACGAUGUGGCCAAAAAGUGCUUCAGAGAGCGCGGUACCGUUUUGGUGCACGAGCCUUUCGAUCUGAAGCUUAAACUAGAAAAUAUUCAAGGCCCUACUCUUCGAGGACGCUACAAAUUGGUCUUUAAGUUGCAGGCAUUCGAUGUAAUGAAUAUUCCACGCCCUACUUCUAUUUGCGCUGAGAUCAGAGGAGAACCUAUAAAAAUAAAGUAGUGGAUGAUAUCGAUCGAUGUUUUAAAGCCCCUGCAUAUUUUGAAAAAGUUGCGUAUAAAUGUAGGAUAUAGGACCCUAUUCCUAAUUUUUGUAAUCAAAGAAAAUUUGAUUUAAAUUAAACUCAAUGCAUUAAAUAAAGUAAAGAUAAUUACUUUAUCAGGUAUGA